AUGCUUGGUCCAUCCCGUCGUACCGUUGUGCGUGUAGGUUCUAGGCGCAGUAAUUUGGCACUUCUCCAGACUGGAAUGGCAGUUAAUUUACUUCAAAAACAAAAUCCGCAUGUUCUGUUCGAAGUUGUGAAGAUGGCAACUGUCGGCGACAAAAUUCUUGAUGUUUCAUUAUCAAAGAUUGGUGAUAAAAGUUUAUUCACAAAGGAACUUGAAAAUGCUUUACUUAGUGGAGAAGUUGACCUUGUCGUACACUCACUUAAAGAUGUCCCAUCAAUCCUUCCUUCUGGCUUAGUCCUUGGUUGUGUAUUUGCCAGAGCAUCUCCUGAUGAUGUUGUUUUGAUGGCUCCACAUUAUCGUGGAAGAAAACUUUCUGAUCUCCCUAUCGGAUCUACAAUUGGAACAAGUGCUGUUCGGCGCGUAGCCACACUUACACGCAGGUAUCCACAUCUGAAGUUUGUAUCCAUACGUGGAAAUUUAAACACAAGGCUUGCCAAACUCGAUACUCCUCCAGUUCCCAAGGAUAAUUGCUGUUUAACCAAUCCAUCUCCAAGUUAUGAUGCGAUCAUCCUAGCUAAGGCGGGUGUUGAAAGGAUGGGCUGGUCGCACCGUAUUGAUCAGGUUUUAAACGAUUCUUUUUAUGCUGUAAGUCAAGGUGCAUUGGCUUGUGAAUGUCGUCAAAUCGAUAAUUUCAUCAUGGAUUUGUUAUCGCGCAUCCACGACGAGUCAGCUGCCUUAACAACUAUUGCUGAGCGCAGUUUAAUGCGUCAACUUGAUGGUGGUUGUUCUAUCCCGAUCGGUGUGCGCAGUGAUCUUGUUUUAAAUGGAGAUUUGAACUAUUCUCAACUUACUCUUCAUGCAAAUAUACUAAGUGUUGAUGGUGGGAAAAGUAUAGAAAGAUCUGCCUCUGUUGUUUUCCCGGAUAAAAUGCCCAUAAAUGAUUGUGUGGAGUUCAGUUGCGAAUUAGUGCAAAAAUCGAGCGGUUAUGAUGAUGUCAGCACAAAUACACCAAUAAUCGAAAGUAGGGGGACAUCACUAACCUCUCCUACUAAAGAUGAGUUAAAAGCGGCAUUGGAUGCAACAUCUAUAUUUAUGGGAGUUUUAGUUACUCCAUCAUCCGAAAUUUCCCGUCUCAGAAUGGCUAUCGCUCAAAGUUUGGGUUGCGUGAAACAUUGGUCCAGUCUUAAAAGAGUAGAUAAGAACUACGAGAUGAAUUCUGUCGAAUAAACCAACAGAAUGUAAACUAAAGCAAAUUCAUUGAGUGACGUCGCAAGACAAGAACUCUACUGGGAGCACUUGAUAGCAAAAAUAUUUUUGCUUUUGUCUUGUUAUGUUAUUCUUAUCACACUUUGGAGUUUUCCUUUUAGAAAUUAGAAUUCCGCAACUGUAUUCCUGUGGUGUUUGAAUGAACUAAUGACUCCUUUGUACUUGUUGAAUGUUUGAUUUCGAAUUCUAAAUACAGUACAUUCGUUAGUGCUUGUGUAGUACUUCUUGAUUCAAUUACGUUAUCCCUGGGAUUAUUAGUUCAUACUAUAAUUCAAAUACUUCUAAUUAUCAUAUUGGAGUCGCGAUGGGGCCUGCGAUG